CCUGAGAAUCAAAUAUGUAAACCUAUUUCUGAGCUUUUUUCAUUAUGAUGACUGGAGAGAAAGGAAGGAACUAUAUGAAUACUAUGUGGAUUAUUAUCCAGUUAGUGAAACCGUUAAAAUCUAUUCAGAUCGAUGCAAUGAGUUCUAUCAUUAUGUAGAAAGAAAAAAACCACUAUACAAACAUUUUAAGGAACUGUGUACUGGAGAUAAUACAAAUAAAUGCCCAGAAUUUUAUGCUCAAUGUGAACAAUACGAUCCAGACAAAGUACUAUCACAUCUUAGUUGUCAUAAUGAAAUAAUGAAAGAAAGAUCUUCCGCUACUUCUAGUGUUCUAGAAAUAAGAAACACACAUUCAGAUAGCGAAACCAAAUCAAGAGAAACAUCAGUUGUUAUGGUUCCUGUCGAUAUUACAAAUUUAAAUGAAAAAUCUCACACUAUAACAAAGGUUGGUAAUAUCCUUCUUGGAGUAGUUGCAACUUCUAUGACUUCUGGCGCUUUAUAUAGAGUAAAUAUAAAAUUCAUUGAUACAAAUCAACUGCAUACAUUUGUUAAUAUCUAUCAUUAUUACAUCUCCAUAAAUAAUAUAUAA